UCUAAACCGGUGCGGAAGUCGAGUUGACUCGACUUGGAAGGUCAGAGUUUAUUUGGUCAAAGCUAUUUUUAUACAUGGACAUGGUGUAACUUAGCUUUUUGAAUCACAACCCUAAGGAGGGUUUGGACUUAUUUCCUGGUAGAAAACGCAACUUUUAUGACCGUGACCACAAAAUAAAUAGCGUGUAUAUAUUUCGGUCUCCUCAUGUCCGGGUCUAAAUGCGCGCGACUGAGCGGACAGUUGGUCCGACAAGUGGUGGACUCGGUGGACUGCGUCCUGUUCGACUGCGACGGCGUCAUCUGGCGGGGGGACAAGGCCAUCCCUGGCGCCCCUCAGGUGGUCAAACUACUCAAGCAACAUGGCAAGAGAGUCUUCUUCGUCACCAACAACAGCACCAAGACGAGGAAGAUGUACGCGGACAAAAUGUCCACGCUGGGCUUCGACGUGACCGAGGACGAGGUGUUCGGGACGGCGUACUGCUCCGCCGUGUACCUGCAGACGGUGUGCAAGCUGCAGGGUAAAGUCUACCUCGUCGGCAGCGACGCCAUGAAGCAGGAGCUGGAGGCGGUGGGGAUCCAGCAGACCGGCCUGGGACCGGACCACAUCUCCGGGAAGCAGACCGACUGGGCUAGGGUGGCGCUGGACCCGGAGGUGAAGGCUGUGUUGGUGGGUUUUGAUGAACAUUUCAGCUACAUGAAGCUCAACCGAGCCUUGCAGUACAUCACCAGGUCGGAGUGUUUGUUUGUGGGGACAAACAGGGAUUCCAGGCUGCCCCUGGAGGGGGGAACCGCUGUCCCAGGAACUGGAUGUCUGCUGCAAGCUGUCGAGACCGCAGCCCAGCGCCAGGCCGCCACGGUGGGCAAACCCAACCGCUUCAUGUUUGACUGCGUGGCUUCUAAAUUCGGCGUAGACCCCGGCCGCUGCCUGAUGGUGGGCGAUCGCCUGGACACGGACAUCAUGUUGGGCUCCAACUGCGGCCUGAAGACCCUCCUCACCCUCACCGGGGUCAGUACGCUGGCCGAGGCGGAAGCCAUUCAGAAGAGCGGCUGCGCGGAGAGGCAGGGGAUGGUGCCGGAUUAUUACGUGGAGAGCAUCGCAGACCUUCUUCCAGCCCUGCAGGGAUGAGACCACCAGGACUCAUGCGGCACAGGAAAUUGGCUAAUCUAAUCAUAGUCUUCCAUAUUAUCAUCCCUAUGACUACCAAUGCUUUUGUGGCGUGAUUAGAGGACACAAAAACUAUAUCUACACUAAAUCAUGUUAAGUUGGCCAUCAUGGAUCAAAUGAGCUAGAAUUAAAUGAGUACCAGUAUUAAAAUAAGAUAGUUAGCUUUAGAUUGAUUUAUAUUUCCACAUGUUCUACAAAUAUGUGAGAGACAAAUAACAAAAGAAAGAUAACAUUUAUGGAAGAAAUUACUGUAUUCUUUGGACUACAAGGUGCACAGUGCGGCCUAUUACCCAGUGCACCUAACGUACCCGUUAAUUCUGGUUGUGCUUACCGACCUCAAGGCAAUUUUAUUUGGUACAUGGUGUAAUAUGUGCGGCCAGUAGGUGGCAGUCACACAUAAGAGAUACGUGUGGACUGCAGGUUGACUGACAUCUGUUCAAUAAAUGACGCGAGCAAGUACCCGUAAGCAAACAACACCAGAACUUUGAUGUUUCAUUGAGAAUAUAGAACAUUACACUUGGCGCUCAAAACUCUGUCAAAAUGUUUUAGUACGACUUUGGUAAGCUACAAAGCCGCACCGCUUGAUGGAAAGCAGAGUAUUACAGAUACCGUAGUCGUACGUACUGUGUUUCACCAUAUGGGUAUUAUUAUGUGUAUAAGGAUAGGUAAAAGGUAAAACAUAAUCUAUGCAACAUUUUGACCAAAGAACCACCAUUACAUGUUAUGUAGACCACAAGGAAGUGUUUUAAAUGUAGAAAAUAAAAUCAUAAUAUGACCGCUUUAAUGCGCCUUAUAAUCUGGUGCGCCCUAUGGUCCGAAAAAUACAGUAAUAUGUUUAAUUGUAGCCCUUUACAGUGAAAUGAACCACAUUUGGUAUCUUACAGCAAAAGUAUUUAUAUAAGAUUAAUUAUUAAAAUAAAUUAUUGUAGGUAGGAGACCACGGGGAAGACCCAGGGCACGGUGGAGAGACUAUGUCUCCCGGUUGGCCCGGUAACUCCUCAGGAUCCCCCGGGAAGAGACGGACAAAGUAGCUGGGGCGAGAGAAGUCUGUUCUUCUCAGCUUAGGCUGCUGCCCCCGCGACCCGACUUCGGAUAAGAGGAAGAAGAUAGUAUUUAAUUCGAAAUAUUAAAAUUGUUUUUGAAAAGGAAAAUUUUUUGCCGAGAUAAGUGAAACCUCAUAGGGUGUUUUUUUGUUUUUAAAGUAAUUUCUCGGUAUAGUGUCAGUGUUCAAUGUGUAAACUGUCCCGAUUAUUACCAGACAGUAUUUUACUAACAAGAGACAUACAUGGGAUGUCACCACUCUGAUUAAACAACUAAAGGAAGCCAGCAUCAAUGUGGUAUUUGGUCAUGUGAGUGCGGUCAGCUGACAGGAUAAUGCAGUAAAAAGUUUAUUUAUCACAACAGAAA